CGCGGUUACCAAGGCAACUAGGUGGUGCCUGCACUAGCGGGAAGGAGGCAUACAUCGAAUUUUCGCUGCUAACCUGAGAGAUUUGAGAAGCGGCCUUCCCUGAGCUUCCAGCCCCAGAGACCACGGCCUCUGCUCCAGGCUGUACCCCUGCCCCUGGGGGCCAUGGGCCGGAUUUCGGGGCUCGUGCCCUCUCGUUUCUUGACGCUCCUGGCGCAUCUAGUGGUCGUCAUCACUUUAUUCUGGUCCCGGGACAGCAACAUCCAGGCCUGCCUGCCUCUCACGUUCACUCCCGAGGAGUAUGAAAAGCAGGACAUUCAGUUGGUAGCAGCACUCUCUGUCACUCUGGGCCUCUUUGCAGUGGAGCUGGCCGGUUUCUUCUCGGGAGUGUCCAUGUUCAACAGCACCCAGAGCCUCAUCUCUAUUGGGGCUCACUGUAGUGCAUCUGUGUCCCUGUCCUUUUUCAUAUUUGAGCGUUGGGAGUGCACCACAUACUGGUACAUUUUUGUCUUCUGCAGUGCCCUCCCAGCUGUCACUGAAAUAGCAUUAUUCAUCAACGUCUUUGGGCUGAAAAAGAAACCUUUCUGAUACUUUCAUGGCCAGAAGUAGGAAUAAAGGCUGGAGGAGCGAAGAACGACUCACCGUUUCUGGAAGAAGGAAACCACAGGCUUCAGCUCUCCCCCUAAAACUCCAUUUCGUGGAGAAUGUCAUUGUUGGUGUUUGGGUAAUUAUCUCUCGAAUCUGAAAUUAUCUGCAUUUUGUUUGUAGUUCUUUUUAAUGAAAUAUAUUUUAGGAUAAGAUCAAGAUUUAUAAAAGUUUCAGGGGAGAAUUGGGGUGGCCAAAGUACUAGAGAAGCGGAAAUCAGUUUUUCGGCCUUACAGACUGUAAGAUAAUAGGUAUCGCUUUUAUUUUAGUUAUUACGGUAGCGGGCUGGCGGAAGAGCGUGGGCGGAGAUAUGUAAAUAACAUGGUGCGUGUCAGGGCACCCAGCUCGUGAGUGGUGCAUUCUGGGAGGAGUUCACUUAUCCUUUUUUGUCAGUCAAGUGGAAAAACGGACUUUAACAAUCUGCAAAUUAGUGUAACAACAGAAAUGGAAGAACCUAAGCACCUUUAGUUUGCUUGGUUUGCUGCGUUAUGUACUCACCCUUACUAUUAGUGGGAUCGUUUCCCCAGAGUAUGGACUGCCGCAGCUAAACCGGUAUCGUCAGGUAGGAUAAUCCUUACCUGUUCCUCCAUUUGGAGGGCAGAAUAGAAUAUGAUGAUUGGAGCUCGCAUGAUUCGUGAUUAACGGCUCUGCGUGAUCGGGACUUGCAACACCCUGAUCGCUCCUAUCUGAUUCUAACUGGC